GAAGUAUAAAGAUGUGGAUGGGACACACACCUUCCAUGUUUACCACAACUGAAGCUGUUUACUACACUUGUACAGUUGAAACACACAGAGAGAAGGUUCCAGACAGAAAGCGUUCAUGUUGCAAGUGACAGGACUGAAACCCACUGGAUUGAUUGAUAUGGAUGACCAGUGGACACCCAAGACGUAUGCCAAAGCUACUGAAAAGAGAAGUUAACCGGUAACUCAUGGCGUUAUGCUAAAAGGCUACACUGAUUUCUCACCAAAGAAAAGUCAAUUACGGUACAUGGCCUCAAACAGACGUACAGCAAAAAGAAUCUGACUACAUCACAAGUGAGCUUGCGUGUCGUCUACAGCAGCGUUUAGAGGUGGGGUAUGGGCUCUGCGGUCUCUAGGCCUAGGCUGAGUCAGGUGGCACCAUGUCCCAGUCCGCCAGACGGAGACCAGGAACAGAAGCCCAAUCAUUCUACUUUGCAAUGGACCAUCCCUGCUGUAUCAACACCACUGAAGCCACAGGAUGGCUCCCUAGGCUGUAGGAGGAUUAAUCAGUUGCCCCCACUGAAACUGGACAACCCUGCAACCUUCCCUCCGCUAUACGCAGAGUCCUCAUCUGUGCCAAGCGCCUUACCACAGAGUCAGCGCAACAUUUGGAGUCCAAGCAUCAUUCAUUCUCAUCCACCACGGAGACUACAGGCGUUGCAACCACUGGCGCCUCUUAGUGCAGGCCUCCAGGUUACUGCCAAUCACACGGCCAUGGGCAGGGACUGGAGAGAUGGGCAUGUCCUGCACUUUACUGCACCCAGCCAGGCGGAGCGAGGUGGUGCCAGCCGCCAACUGCAGGGAGGACUCCUGGAGGCACAGAUGGUCCUCUGUCAACAGGCCCAGAGGAGACGGAGAUCCCACUACAGACGAAUGCGAGAGCAGAGGCUGCACGAGACGAACAUCCGCACAGAUAAUGUUGGGAGACAUAGCAAGGGAAUACAGAGACUGCAUCUGCUGAACAGGCCAACACAAAGGGACAUAUUUUGGGAUGAGAUGACAGGAGAGAGCCUUGACCUUAGAGAGAUCCUUCUACCAAGCCCGGUUCCUCCAGAGCAGGAAGAGAGACGGCAGUCCCCAUCUGGACCACAACCGCAGCUCCUGGGGAGGGUUGAUGAGCUGACCAACAGUGACCUGGCUUGUGAAGGGCAGAAAACCAUGACUGUCACAGGCAGAGAGGCGGAGGGGAAAGAUGGUGGACAGUCCAUGAAGAAAACCUUACCUUGGAUGCUUGACUGGAGAAAAGAGAAACAUAGUGAGCCCAUUCCCAACCACUUGACCUUUUGGGAGGAAAGUGCGAGAACUAGUAGGUGGGAGGCCAGGCCUCUGGGAGGAAGUCAGAGAGAGGGGGUUAGAGGUCUGUGUCAUGUGGAGAGAGAGAUUUUAGAGCCCGAAAUGGACCAGGACCUGUUAAGUAAUCUGAAUUAAAAUGGUUCUUGAAUCUCAGGUUGCACAUGCUAACAUUUGGAAAAAUAAGAAAUUAUAGAUUUAUUAAA